GAGAUUGUCAUCUUUUCCCCCCCCUUUCCAAAAAAACUCUGGAAAAUCGUCAAUAACAAUCAGUUUGCAUCAAUUUGGUGGGACCGUGAUGGGACUUGCAUAGGGAUAAAUGAGAAGCUGUUUGAAAAAGAGAUUUUGGAAAGGGUUGGUCCUAACAAGAUGUUUGAAACAGAUUGUAUGAAGAGUUUCAUCCGCCAGCUCAAUCUCUACGGCUUCAGCAAAAUGCGUCAGGACAUGCAUAGAUCUGUCUGCCUCACUAAGUUUUUCACAGAAGAAAGACCAGUGUGCAUCAUGAGCAGGGCAGAGUUCUACUGCAGUCCCUACUUUAAAAGAGACUCCCCUCACCUUCUUACAAGGAUGAAGAGAAGAGUGAGCGUUAAAACGGCUUUAAAAUAAGCUCUGGAAAAGGGUUGCUACCAGAUGGAGAGCAAACCAGAAUCCCCGAAAUCUCUUCCAGCAACCACAGCCACUGAGCAACAAGGUCCCACAUCUCCAAAUGAGAAUGAGAAUCAGCAAGAAAUACUGGAGAAUGAAGAACUUGAUGACUCUGCUCACACAGCAACUCCAGGGAUGGAACUGGAGCCAACCAUGGCGAGUCACGAGGCUACGGUAAACCAGUCGACUGAGUUUCAAGGCCAGCCAGAGACUGGCCAGGCUACGGUUAUUCCACAUGACACAGAUGCCACUGAAUUGGCUGAGGCCCCCUUUGUCUGUGGUGCCACGUCUUCCACACAGGUGAAUUCUUACCAGCCUGUAAUGGGCCUUCCUGCUGUUUCUCCCAGGUACGCUGGUAUGCCAACCAUGCCACUUCCUUUGGCCAGCCUGCUGCCCUUCUGCAGUCCCUGGAUGCCUGGGCCUGUCAUGGCUUUUGGGUCCCCUGCCUCCAUGUCUGUGUUUCCUCCUCCCCCAGCAACGUACCACUACUGGGCCAACUGCCACUACUCUGACUGCAUGCCACCUGUGUGCCCA